CAUAUGCGCUCAAUGGGGCUGUGGCUCUCUCGGUAUAGAUAAAUGGCAAUCAUGCUUCGAUGAGCCUUUGCACCCUAUGUCGAGUAAUUCGCCGCAUGACAACGACUAUGCGCCCGCCGUAGCUUCAUCCAGCCGAGGCUCGCCGGCCCAGGAAGACGAGGACUUCGAUGAUGGAGUCGAGGAUCCGGCAGACGAGCUGCUGACCGAAGACCCUUUACAUGGCAAUGGACAUUUAAAUGGCGGUGUGUCCUUCAAACGAGCGCAGAAGGCUGCCAGGCCAUCCUUUGCAUCGCGCUUCCUACCCUCACCUUUCCAAAGUAGUCGCACAUCUACACCCACACCCUCGCAUGGCGUGCGUAGUGGACAUGGUGUGCAACCAACAACGGGAAACAUUCUCUCCUACUUGAAUCUACCGACCGACCCUUCUGCCGGCAUUCCAGACAGCAAGGAUGCCGUGAGCCUGGACUGGUACGUCGAGGGACCGGGGCGAAGGGUAGGCUACGAUGACUUGACCGCAAUCGACUGGAUCUACGAAUAUAGCAAGGAACGUACGCGCCUACGCCAACUUGUAUCAAACGCGCCCGGACUGCUCGGCCAACUGAAACAGGUCGCAGACGCCAGCCAGAUAUGGUGGAUCCUUGUAGCCACCGGCAUCGCAGUCGGUGGCAUAGCGGCAAGUAUCGACGUCGUAAGCGACUGGAUGGGCGAUCUAAAGCAAGGCGCCUGCAGCAAUGUAGAAGACGGCGGGAAGUUCUACCUUAGCCGACCGUUCUGUUGCUGGGGCACAAACAGCUACGCCGAAUGCGCUGACUGGCGCACGUGGAGCACCAUGCUUGGCGUGAGUAAUCUGUUUGGCAGUUACGUGAUCGAGUACAUCUUCUUCGUGUGCUUGUCCGUGCUGUUCGCGACAUGCGCCAGCCUGCUCGUCAACAGAUACUCUCCGUACGCCAAACAGAGUGGUAUACCGGAGAUUAAGACUGUUCUUGGUGGCUUCGUCAUUCGGAGAUUCUUGGGUGCUUGGACUCUGGUCGUCAAGUCGCUCGGCUUGUGUCUGGCCGUUGCUUCUGGCAUGUGGCUGGGCAAAGAAGGGCCGCUUGUCCAUGUCGCAUGUUGCUGUGCAAAUGUCUUCAUGAAACUGUUCGAUGGGAUCAACGGCAAUGAGGCUCGCAAGCGCGAGACGCUGUCUGCUGCGGCCGCAUCUGGGAUAUCAGUCGCCUUCGGAUCGCCCAUUGGUGGUGUGCUGUUCAGCCUGGAGCAGCUGAGCUAUUACUUCCCGGACAAGACGAUGUGGGCUUCUUUCGUCUGCGCAAUGGUCGCAGCGGUCACAUUACAAGCAUUCGACCCUUUCCGGACGGGCAAGCUGGUGCUCUACCAAGUGACUUACCACAGCGGUUGGCAUCUCUUCGAGCUCGUUCCCUUUGCUCUCAUUGGUAUUAUUGGCGGGCUUUACGGUGCAAUGUUUAUUAAGCUCAACAUGCUGGUCAACAGAUGGCGGACUUCGAAACACAACCCAUUCCUGACCCGGCCUGUGCUUGAGGUGAUAAUUGUGGCCUUGAUCACCGCUCUGGUCAGCUUCCCAGUAUCCUUCUUGCGAGCGCAGUCAAGCGAACUGGUUGAGUACCUGUUCGCUGAGUGCCGAGACAUCAGCGACGACUAUCUUGGUCUGUGCAAGGCUGGUAUCGCCAACACCGGUGUUAUCUUCAUCCUUCUUAUCUCGGCACUCAUUGGCUUCUUGCUCGCCACGGUUACAUUCGGCCUGCAGAUACCGGCAGGCAUUCUGCUCCCCUCGAUGGCAGUCGGAGCGCUGUAUGGUCGCGUGAUCGGACUGAUAGUAGAGGUCUGGCAACGCGAGCAUCCGAACUUCAUCGCCUUCCGGUCCUGUGAGCCCGACAUACCGUGUGUCACACCAGGCACUUACGCCGUCAUAGGCGCAGCUUCCGCAUUAGCUGGGGCUACAAGGAUGACCGUCAGCAUUGUGGUUAUCAUGUUCGAGCUUACCGGCGCAUUGACAUAUGUAUUGCCAAUCAUGAUUGCUGUUAUGCUUUCGAAGUGGGUUGGCGAUGCGUUUGGGAAGCGUGGGAUUUACGAGUCUUGGAUACACUUCAACGGCUAUCCUUUCCUGGACAACAAGGACGAUACGCCGGUGCCUGAUGUGCCCGUUAGCCAGAUAAUGACAAGGUACGACGACCUUGUCUGCAUCACCGCUACAGGCCACACGACAACGAGCUUGCGGGAGCUGCUAGGAGAGCACCGUUUCCGCGGCUUUCCAGUGAUCAACGAGCUGCGAGAGAGCGUGCUGUUAGGCUACAUAUCCCGUACUGAGCUCACCUUCGCACUCGAAACCGCUAGCACCAGCCGCGCAAUGCCGUCAACCACAGAAUGCUACUUCCAGCAUCAACCGCUCGCAGACCCUACCGUCACUCUGGACCUGAGGCCAUGGAUGGAUCAAACACCCAUCACGUUGUCCUCACGAAGCAGCUUCGGGCUGGUGAAGGAUAUGUUUGAGAAGCUCGGCCUGCGUUACAUCAUCUUCACGGACAGAGGAUCAUUGACCGGCUUGCUGACGAAGAAGGAUCUGUGGUAUGUGCUCAAUGAGGGUGAGGUGGGUAGAGCUGGUGGCUUGGGAACCGGUGUGUUGCGGGAGGAGAGGACGGAUGGUGGGGAGGACGAGCGAGGGCUCAUGGGUGAUCAUGACGGCGCUGACGCGGAUGGACAUGGAGAUGGUCGGGGGGAAGACGGGUAGCCUUUUUUGUUAGCCCAAUGGAAGCCGUUGCCAAUUACUUCACGAUCAUUGCGAGUCUGACGGUGUUGCUCUAUGUACGCCGAGCUCUGAUGAAGGCGUUGGUUUUUAAGAAAGAGGCCGUGGCUUCUACCCGCGACUUGCCAUAAAGGCCUCAAACGGGCUGCGAAAAUGUGGGUGUAACGGCACAAUUGAACGCAAAACCAAUAAUCAAAUGCUAUUGCUUAGGACCAGCUUGCUUCUUCAGGAUGCGCCUACCGAUGUCACGGAAGCGCCGAUUUCUACGGCUCUGAAAUCACCCUCAAGCUUAUAUCGGACCUGAACUGCAUCAUUGCCACGACGAGGUUCACCCCCCGUUGGCAUUUCCGAGAGCUUGCCUCCUUCGCCUAGCUCAGCAUGCACGUAUGGUAUCUUCACAUCUAAUUCGUAUAGGAAG